AUGAAUGCCGCCGCCGUGCGGCUGUCGGAAGCGGGUAGGGGGACGGCCAUCUCGGUGGAGGAGUGCAUCACGCAGGAGCAGAUCGUGGAGCGGCUGCGGCUGCACAAAGAGGUGCUGAGCAGCGUGAAGCAGCAGCCGUGGGGCAUGCGGCGCAAGCUGCGGCUGGUCAAGCAGGCCAAGGCGUACGUGAAGCAGCACGAGGGCGAGCUGCGGGAGCGGCGCACCACGCGCCACCUACUCUCCAGGUGCCACCUGCUCGUCAUCAAGCGGUGGCAGCACACCCGGCGCGAGCUGGACAACCUGAUGAACGCGCUGAUCCCGUGGGAGCUGCGCAUCAAGCAGAUCGAGUCGCACUUCGGCUCCGUGGUGGCCUCCUACUUCACCUUCCUGCGCUGGCUCUUCUGGGUCAACCUCGUCAUCACCGUGCUGCUGGUCGCCUUCGUCGCCAUCCCAGAGAUGCUGACGGCAGACACGCGGACGGCGGGCGAGCGCAAGGAGAUGCUACCGCGCGAGCGACGCACGGCCACCAACCUGGACACGCUGUGGGACUUCGACGGCGUGCUCAAGUACUCGCCCAUCUUCUACGGCUACUACACGAACCGCGACGCCGCCGACACGGGCUACCGCCUGCCCUUCGCCUACUUCAUGACCGGCAUCGCCGUCUACGCCUACAGCUUCGUCGCGACACUGCGCAAGAUGGCAGAGAAUUCCCGCAUGAGCAAGCUGUCCGAGAAGGACGACGAGUGUGUGUUCACGUGGAAGCUGUUCACCGGCUGGGACUACAUGAUCGGCAACGCGGAGACGGCUCACAACCGCGUGGCGUCCAUCGUGCUGGGCUUCAAGGAGGCGCUGCUCGAGGAGGCCGAGCGGCGUCGCGACGCCCGCAACUGGCGGGUGCUCUGCCUGCGGGCGUUGGUGAACCUGGCCGUGCUGGUGCUGCUGGCGUCUUCCGCCUACGCCGUCGUGGAAGUGGUGAAGCGCUCCAAUCAGACGUCGCCCAGCGACAGCUGGUGGCGGCAGAACGAGAUCACCGUGGUGAUGUCGCUCAUCCAGUACGUCUACCCCAUCCUGUUCGAGGUGCUGGGACUACUCGAGAGCUACCACCCGCGCAAGCAGCUGCGCAUACAGCUCGCGAGAAUAAUGGCGCUUAACAUGCUUAGUCUCUACACGCUGAUCAUAGCGCUGUUCGACAAGAUUAAAGAUAUGAGAAUGCCUUGA